AUGACUGGGUGGCUGAAUCAGACUGAGAUGAAGGAGACGGUUUGGGCAGGAGCAGGUAACGCAGUGGGGCGGGGUCACAACAAAAGCCUCCCAGCAACAGCAUUGCUACAGCUUAAUAUACUACAGCUUCCGCCCUGACCUGCAUUUCCCACAAUCGGUGCUGUUUCCGUUCCCCUUCCAGUGCCUGCUGUUUCACGAAAGUUUCAUAACUAUUUUUGCAACAUAUGUAACUUGCAUUCGCUCCAAUCUAACGGAAAUCCCGGAGCAAUGUAGAGAGAAGUCUUUGCAGACACUUGAAAACAGCUACAGUGGUGCAAAAUUGUAAAUGGACACUGAUUGUGAUUUCCCGGAGAAACGUGUGAACUGCUGCAAUUUCUGCUUCCUUUUUCCAUUAGAAUUCCCCCAACUGCCCUAGAGGAAUGAGGAGACCGUAAGGCUGAUGCAGUGUGGGCACAAGAGCAGAACCAAACUGGCACUCCUGCCAGGGUGCCCACACAGCCCCGCUGCUGCCUUGUUGAACUAGCUAGGCCAUUGGCUUGAUCCAGCAGGCUGCUCUUAUGUUCCUAUGUUACCGGUGCUGCCGCUGAAGGUCUACUGCUGGGGCUCCAGCCUCCUAGACUGUCCAUUUCUGGAUGUGGAUCAGGUGAAAAGACAACACAAGACUAGGCCCUCCAGAACACAACUGAGAGUAACAGAGAGAUACCUCCUUCUUCUUCUUCGAACAGAUCUCAACAGGAUUAGCUACAAAGGAAUAAACCACCAAAGCAUGAUCGCCGAUACCGACGCCAACACAUUGAGAAUGGGAAAAUUAAAGUGGUUCUAGAUACAGAGGGUGUGUGGAAAUAUAAGAACAAAAAUACCAAGUUGGGACAGAUCAAUCUACCCAGGCCAUCUGGGCAGUUUAACCAGGGAAAGCUGUAAAGCAAUCAUAACAUGUGAAAAAGCUUCGGGUCAUUUAAUGAGCCACUAUUAUAUUGGUCAGCAUACAAUAGGAGUGAGAUUCAACUAAGUUGUUCUGUGUGCAGAACAAGAUGCACUCUGCUCUGAAAUGGUUGGAGGAACCCUCAGAACAGGUUUAGGGAGUGGGUUUCAAGGAGGAUAGGGGGAAGUCCUGUUGGGUGUAUGAAUCUCAUUCCCUAUGCUCAUACCCCACUUAGUAUUCCCACUGUACUCCACCCAUAGUAGGCAAAUUUUUAAUUCACCAAUGGCAGCAAAAAACAAACCAACCCACAGUCAAAUCUUGGGCCAGCCUGGCUUGUGCAGGAGCAGUUGAAAUGAAUGGGUACUGAGUUAGAAUACUAUUGUGCCGUUUUGAUGACCAUUUCCUGGGGAUUAUACCUUUCUGUCAUCUUGAAGGUGCUUUUUCCGUAGCAACCUGAGUCUAGGGAUAUCUGCCUAGAUAAUCUGCAGAAAAUAGUGGGAGGAGGAGGAGUUUGAUACUAUCGUUUCAAUUACUCAGCUGUUGCUCUUGGACGUGGUAGUGAAAUAAGCAAAGCCCACGGGCGAAAAUUUGACAUGUUGAAAAACUUCUUGUCUUAGCCAGCAUUUGCAUGCAUGCGCAUGUGUGUGUGUGUGUGUGUGUGUGUGUGUGUGAAAGAGAGGGAGAGAGAACACUAAAUAUAGUAAGGGCGAGGCUCCAGUGAUGCAGAUUAGCUGACUUCCCUGAGGGCUUUAUGGACUCGUGUGGUGGAGUAUAAAUCAGAAUAAAAUAACAGGAACAAACACAGAGCUCAGUAAAAGUAUGUUGUCCAUCGCUGUGCUCUGCCACUGUAAUAUCGGGGGAAAGCCACUCCCUCUCCUUUUCCCUCUGGCAAAAUACUUGAGACUGUGGUGUGGCUAGCCAAGCAAACGAAGGAUGGUAUUGGGAGGAAAACUGGAUAUACGUCUAAUCUGAUCAUUCUCUGGUGGCAGAUUUGGGUUCUAGAGCAGUUGAAGCGCUUGGUCAUUGUUAUGGCUGGGCGAUAUAUCACUAUAUCGUCCAAAACUGGUUUGAAGUCCAUACUGUAUUGUGAUAUUGGUUUCAUAAUUUUUGACCUGGCAAUAUAUCGCGAAUCAUUAUGUGUGUUAUGCAAAAAUCACAAUCCGGGGGAAACCGUGAAGCCAGCCAAUGUCUCUACAUAGCUCCAUCUUUAUUUCAGACAUCAUGAUAUACAGUGGUACCUCGGGUUACAUACGCUUCAAGUUACAUAUGCUUCAGGUUACAGACUCCACUACCCCACUACUAGCUCGGGUUAAGAACUUUGCUUCAGGAUGAGAACAGAAAUCGCGCGGCAGUGGCAUGGCAGCAGCAGGAGGCCCCAUUAGCUAAAGUGGUGCUUCAGGUUAAGAACAGUUUCAGGUUAAGAACGGACCUCCGGAACGAAUUAAGUACUUAACCUGAGGUACCACUGUAUCAGCCUAUUGUGAAGUUUAGCUGGUGAAAUAUCCCUACAUCCCUACACAUAUAGAAGGCCCCAUCAGUUUCAUACCACUUUCAGCAGUUACAGUGGUGCCCCGCAAGACGAAUGCCUCGCAAGACAAAAAACCCGCUAGACGAAAGGGUUUUCCAUUUUUCGAUGCGCUUCGCAAGACGAAUUUCCCUAUGGGCUUGCUUCGCAAGACGAAAAUGUCUUGCGAGUCUUGCGAUUUUUUUCGCUCCCCCCCCUUUUUCUAAGCCGCUAAGCCGCUAAUAGCCUUUUAGCCGCUAAGCCGCUAAGCCUUUAAUAGCCGCUAAACCGCUAAUAGCGCUAAUCCGCUAAUUCGCUAAUAGGGUUGCUUCGCAAGACGAAAAAACCGCUAGAUGAAGAGACUCGCGGAACGGAUUAUUUUCGUCUUGCGAGGCACCACUGUACAUCUUCCCCCAAAGAAUCCUGGGAAUUUUAGUUUGUUAAGGGUGCUGAUGGGUUCUUAGGAGACCCCUAUUCCCUUCACAGAGCUGCAAUUCCCAGAGUUCCCUGGAAAGAGGUGUUGCUUGUUGAACUGCUCUGCGAAUUGUAGCUACGUGAGGGGAGUAGGGGUCUCGUGACAACUCUCAGCACCUUUAACAAACAAUGCUUAUCAGGAUUUCUUGGGGGAAGCCAUGACUGUUUAAGGUGUCAGGACAGGGCCCUGCCCGCCCCUGCUGCCACUGGAGAGGCAAGGAGACGCCUCUGCAUGAUCCCACUAAGAGAGGCUUCCUGUUUUGCCUCGUGCAGUAGGGAAGAGCGGCCCUUGUGGUAUGAUACAGUGGUACCUCUGGUUACAGACGCUUCAUGUUACAGACACUUCAGGUUACAGACUCCGCUAACCCAGAAAUAGUACCUCAGGUUAAGAACUUUGGUUCAAGAUGAGAACAGAAAUUGCGCAGCGGCAGUGGGAGGUCCCAUUAGCUAAAGUGGUACCUCAGGUUAAGAACGGACCUCUGGAACGAAUUACGUUCUUAACCAGAGGUACCACAGUAUUGCUUUAAAUGUUUACUGCAGGAGGGCCUAAGUUUACUUCCUCCUUAACCAUAACUGAUGACCUGACAUACUUGGUAUAUUUAAUGUGGGUUUCUAUUUAUUUUCUUCUUAGUGCUUUGAAUAACUGCCAGAGCCGUAGCUAGGUGAUCUUGUGCCCCUGGCAAAGCUGUCCAGAUUGCGCCGCCUAGCCACGGACAAAUUAGCUCUUCUUUCCACCUCUCCUCCAACCCUCUCACCCACCCAUUCAAUUCACUCUCUAUUUAAAACCAUUUCUUAUGAGGCAAUAAUCAAUAUUUAUAUUUAUGGACAUAUUUUAAAGCCGAUUUUAUGCCUCCUCCAAUUGCCUGCGCCCCUGGCGGGGGUCCACCUCGCCACCCCCUAGCUACAGCCCUGGUAACUGCGUAUAUUUUGUUUGUGUGUGUGUGUGUGUGCUUGUGCCAGUGUGAUGUAGUGGUUAAGAGCGGCAGACUCGUAAUCUGGUGAACCGGGUUCGCUUCCCUGCUCCUCCACAUGCAGCUGCUUGGUGACCUUGGGCUAGUCACACUUCUCUGAAGUCUCUCAGCCCCACUCAUCUCACAGAGUGUUUGUUGUGAGGAGGAAGGGAACGGAGAUUGUUAGCCGCUUUGAGACUCCUUUGGGUAGUGAUAAAGUGGGACAUCAAAUCCAAACUCUUCUAUGUGAUCACGGGACACCUUUACCUACUUUCCCAACAAACCAGGUGCAGCCAUGCAUAGCCAUGCUGAGUGCAUUGCCAAAAGCCCUUGGAAUAAAUGCAGUCCUAUCAGGGACCCGGCAAACCUUGGCCUUUUUGCUGCUUGCCUUGUCGGGCGGGUGCCAGGCCAGAGGGUUGCCUUUGCUUUGGCCUGGUAGGUCGUACGUUAUUCGGUAAACCAAGGGUUGGGAACCUGUGGCCCUUCAGAUGUCACUGGACCACAACUCAAUUGGCUGGGGCUGAUGGGAGUUGGAGGAGAGCCUCCCACCUCUGCAGUAAACGGACUUUGCGAUCUCGUGUAGUCAUAAUUCUCAUAAUGUUCCCUCAGCCUCUGACUCCCCUGCCCCCUAUUUUCCAUAUCACUUAAAUUCUGGGGUCCUCGGAGGGGCUGUGUUCUGCCGGCUAUGUUUUUUCUACCAAGUGCGGUGCGUGCCAAAAGCUCUGUAUAAAUAACAAACGUUGCAAUAAUAUUCCCAGGGCUCUCCGCUUCUUAAGUGUGUGUUUGUUUGUAUGGCUUUCGGAACAUGGCGGAGCAGAACGGUUCUGGCUCCAGAAGGGAUCUGUGAGGAGACAUAAUAAGGCCAGGAGACGCGCAAGUGCUGUCAUUUGCUGCGCUGGCCCCCAUGUUCCACAAGAGUGCCAAGCAUCUUAAUUGUAGCCAUCUUUUUUAAUUUUCAUCCUGUGCGCUAUCUGGCAUGCUAGGAAUGCCAUGUUUUUCUUUUCAUGCCGUGCCGAACGAACUCCGAGUCCUAAUCCGGUUGGGCUCUUGGAUGCGUCGAAUACUUCUGCUUGCUUGUUUUUUUUUCCUUUCUUUUUUGGCAGAGCGACCUGGAAUGAUAAUGAAGCAGGUGCGUAGGCUCAGCUUUGACAGAAAUGUAUAAUUCUGUGGGCGGAUCCUAGUGAAGAUCCUAGACUGCGAUAGUGGAAAACAGAACGUCAGUUGCCAAUCGUGAAAUUUAGGUGGAAGGUUACAUGAGAUUGAAUUGCUGGGAGAAAUGUGGCGGCUGUAACUUAAUGCGGGCAAUGAGCAAUGGAAAAGCUUCGGUGUGGUGGUGGUGGUGGAAAAUAGCUUGUGGCAUCAGUUCAUGCCUAGGUGGCAUACUACAGGAUGCAGAAUCUAACCCAGGAUCUGCAAUCCUGAGGAUCUUCAUUCUUACACAUUUCUUGCAUGCCCCUCGUGUGUUUGGAGAUGUACAGAACAGUGGUGCAAUCCUUGCCCCGAUGACUUUGAGAAUAUACUCCAGGUUGCUUAGUAAAGGUUAGUUACCUAGAGUUGCAUCCAUCUAAGUCACUGCACAUUGCUCCUGAUCUGUUCUGGGGGCUUCGGGAAAUUCCCAGAUAAGAUUUGGGGCAGGGGGGCAGUGCAGGGAGAUGAAAUUCUGUUGCCCAAGCAGAAGUUGUUCAGCUAAUGCAAUGACUUGCAACUCCCAUUUACAUAACAUAAUAAGGUCUGUUGAAUUUAGCCCAUUAAUCAGCUAGGUUGAUGAAAUCAUUUUGUGGUGAUUAAAAAUGUGUUUGCACUUCAGCUAGAUAGUAGGCUUUUUAAAAAUUGUGCGUGGGUGGCGCUGUGGGUUAAACCACGGAGCCUAGGACUUGCCGAUCAGAAGGUCGGCGGUUCGAAUCCCCGCAACGGGGUGAGCUCCCGUUGCUCGGUCCCAGCUCCUGCCAACCUAGCAGUUCGAAAGCACCUCCAAGUGCAAGUAGAUAAAUAGGGACGGCUCUCCGGCGGGAAGGUAAAUGGUGUUUCCGUGUGCUGCUCUGGUUCGCCAGAAGUGGCUUAGUCAUGCUGUCUGCGGACAAGUGCUGGCUCCCGGCCUAUAGAGCGAGAUGAGCGCGCAACCCCAGAGUCGGUCACGACUGGACCUGAUGGUCAGGGGUACCUUUACCUUUACCUUACUUGUACAAAUCAAAUGAGGCAAGCCUCAUCUUAGAAGACUUGUUUCUCUUUUAUUUUUAUAUACAUGUAUGUAUAUAUAAAUAUAUAUAUACAUAUAUAUUUGUAUAUAUGUACACACACACACACAAUUUAUACAUAUAAAAGAUCACAUACAGAUCACAGCACCGUAUCUUUACAUAAAAUUAAUAGAGAAGAAACUCACUCCUAGUUUACUCUCAUAGUCAGCUAUGCCUCUUUUAUGAUGCUGCCUGCAGCAAUUGUACAUGCAUAAUCAAAGGCAAUAUGCAUUUGUUUGUUUGUUUGUUUAUUGCUUGCUUGCUUGUUCGCUUGCUUUAAAGUGGAUCUGCAGUGAGAAACACUGCAUAAUUUGCCUACUGCCACAUUUUGCAAUUCUACAAAUACAUAGGAAAAGCUGUCAAGGGUGUUUUGCAAUACAGUCUUAUUUACACUCGGACAUUUCCGAUCCUGCUAUACAAUAUGGUGUGUGUGGUCAGGGAGGCAGUGACACCUGCCUAAGCUGGACCUGCUACACUCAGCGAUGGGUGUGUAGGUGGGACUCCCCUCAUGCCUGGUCCGGAAGCUGCAGUUAGUACUGAACGCUACAGUGCAAUGGCUCACAGGAGUGCAAGUCUGUCAGCAGGUUACGUAUUGCUCAAUGAUCUGUGCUGGCUGCCAGUUUGCUGCCAGGCUGAGUUCAAGGUCUUACCGUUGGUAUAUAAAGCCUUUUACAGCUUGGGACGGGCUUACCUGAAGGACUGCCUUACCCCCUAACGUGCCUGUUAGAUCCGUUUACAAGCGCAACACGGUGUUCGUUCCACAUUAGUGAGCUGUCCUCUCUUUAGCGUGGCAGCGCCUGCGCUUGGGCAUCCCCGACAUCUGUUGACAUCCGUAUCCAGGCUCCCGCCCCAAAACACACAAGCUCUUGCUUGCAAGUAAGAAUGAGAACUUUGUUCACACAAGCGACAGGCUUAGCAGCCCAGGGCUUGGGGCUAAGGAGUUCAGCAGGACGGGAAGUUCAGAACCGUAGGGAAAGCGUCGAAGAUGUCACAAUGAGUUUCUGUGCCACACCUGCCGAAAAAGAAGAGGUGGGGUGCACUCGCUCGCCUUGUGGAAAUGAGAUGCUCUUGUCAGGGUGAAUGGGUCUGCUUCCAUCUGCAAAGGAGGUACCCGGUUAGGUAUGGGAAGAUUGCACCCUCUUAUUCCGACUAAACAUUAGUUAGAACUUUCUGGCAGUAAUAGCUGUUUGACAGUGAGACAGACUCCCUCGGAAGGUCGGCUCUCCUGUGUUUGAGGUUUUUAAACACAGGUUGGAUGACCACCUGUUGCAGAUGUUUUCAUUGUGAUCCCUGCAUUGCAGGAGCUUGGACUAGAGGGCUCUUGGGGGUCCUUCCAACUCUAUGAUCAGUGCCUCCACCCCCCAGCCUCCCUGCUUCUGAAGUGGCUGAAGUUGGGGUGGGAAGGCGCAAUCCAGUCCAGGUUCCCACUGUUCGAGCACCCCUUUCUUUUUCCAUAGCUUCCUCUUGCACCCCUGCCUGCCAAUCCAUGCUCAGUCCUAUCACCUGUGCUAUACAGUGCUGUUUUAAACACCUGCUAAAAUAUUUUCUGCUCCAGUGGGUCUACCCAGACGCAUAAUUUGGUCGUAUCUACCAGCAUGGUGUAGUGGUUAAGAGCAAUAGACUCGUAAUCUGGUGAACCGGGUUCGCGUCUCCACUCCUCCACAUGCAGCUGCUGGGUGACCUUGGGCUAGUCACACUUCUUUGAAGUCUCUCAGCCCCACUCACCUCACAGAGUGUUUGUUGUGGGGGAGGAAGGGAAAGGAGAAUGUUAGCCGCUUUGAGACUCCUUCGGGUAGUGAUAAAGCGGGAUAUCAAAUCCAAACUCCUCUUCUUCUUCUUACCUUUGUUUAGUGUUUGACUAUGUUUAUUGCUCUUAAAUGCCUAGGGGUGUUUUUACAUGUUUCAGAUGUGUUAAAUAUGUUUCUGUUUUGUUUUUUAAUUGCACUGUUUUACCACAAGUGCGUUUGCUUCCCUGAGCUCUUUUGGAAGGGUGGUUGGGAUAAACAUUUAAUGAAUGAAUGGAAUACAAAUUGGAAUAGGGCACAGAUUCUGUACACUAUCGUCAUAGCAAAUGGAGGCAGUGAGUGCCGACAGUUACAUAGCCACUCAGAAGCAAAAGCAUUAGUAUCCUUAGGAGAACACCAAGUUUGCGGCAGUGCCCCCCCCCUCCCAAAUGGGCAAGGAACGGAAUGGAGUUUUCUAGAGGAGGGGCUGGCUGGCUGGCAUUUUGAACAGGGAUGCUCCUUGUAAGGGAUAUUCCAACUAGGGAUGGGAGAGACAUUUGAGUUAAUUUGCAUUUAAAGAUAAAUUUCCCUAAUUUGCACUUUCCAAAAGAAUGCGUGGACCGAAACACAACCCAUCCUUUGAAAUUCACACUUUUCCAGAUUCUGCGGUGCAGUACUCCAGCCAACUAAUCUGUCCAAAAACAUAUAUACUGGAAUAAAGUGUCUCUGAAAAUUCACAUAAUAGCUAAAACCGCAUGCAAAAGCGUCUUAUUUCGGGGGAAAGCGUAUUGCAAAAAUGUGUCUAUUGGGCAAAAAAACGUGUGUAUUAGUCGAUAUCCACACUGGAACGCUGAUGAAUUUUCAUGACUUUAACAUCACUAACGUAUACAUGUGACAAACUGAAUUUAAGAUCUGAGAAAUUAGAAACUGAAAUUGACAGGUUCACUCAUCCUUAACGCCAGCAAUUUUAAUGCAGGUUCUCUAAUAGCAAACUCGGGGGGUUGAGUCUCUCAGCAUGUAAGCAAGACGGGGCCACCCAAAAAUUAAAUAGUGGCUUCUGCAUCCACGGACAGUGACCCAGAAAUGCAGAAGUAUAUGCAUUGGUGAUUUUAAAAGCAAAUGGCUUUAAAAAAAAAAAGUAACCCCAGUCGGCAGAAAUCUGUGGGCUUACACUGUGCUGAUGGUGGUUGAAACGAUAAAGAGAGAGAUUAAAGGGUUUCUAAAGAAUGCAGGAUACAGGCAGACAGUGUGAGUCUGUAUAGCUGAGAGUUGUAGAGGCACAAAAUGUUUUAUGUUGAUAAGGGCAGGUGGGGAGGACAGAGGAAGAGCGGGAGAUCUGACCUGAUCAAGCCCCAGAGAAUAUAUUGUAGGAUUCCUUGGGUAGAAGGGGGGAGGUAAUUAUUAUUAUUAUUAUUAUUAUUAUUAUUAUUAUACCCUACCCAUCUAGCUGGGCUUCCCCAGCCACUCUGGGAGGCUUCCAACAAAAUAUUAAAAUACAAUAGUCCUUCAGAUAUUAAAAGCUUCCCUAAACAGGGCUGCCUUCAGAGGUCUUCUAAAAGUCAGGUACAGUGGUACCUCGGGUUACAUAUGCUUCAGGUUACACACUCCGCUAACCCAGAAAUAGUGCUUCAGGUUAAGAACUUUGCUUCAGGAUAAGAACAGAAAUCUUGCUCCGGCGGUGCAGCGGCAGAAGGACCCCUUAGCUAAAGUGGUGCUUCAGGUUAAGAACAGUUUCAGGUUAAGAACAGACCUCCAGAACUAAUUUAGUACUUAACCCAUGGUACGACUGUAGUUGUUUAUUUCCUUGACAUCGGAUGGGAGGGCAUUCCACAGGGUGGGCGCCACUACCGAGAAGGCCCUCUGCCUGAUUCCCUAUAACUUCGCUUCUCACAGUGAGGGAACCACCAGAAGGGCCUUGGAGCUGGACCUCAGUGUCCAGGCAGAACGAUGGGGGUGGAGAUGCUCCUUCAGGUAUACUGGACCAAGGCAGUUUAGGGACUUAAAGGUCAGCACCAACACUUUGAAUUGUGCUCAGAAACGUACCAGGAGCCAAUGUAGAUCUUUCAGGACUGGUGUUAUAUGGUCUUGGCGGCCACUCCCAGUCACCAGUCUAGCUGCCGCAUUCUGGAUUAGUUGUAGUUUCCGGGUCACCUUCAGAGGUAGCCCCACGUAGAUCACAUUGCAGUAGUCCAAGCGGUUAAGGCUGACACGUGUGCUGGCAGAUGGUUAAAAAAUGCCCCACUGCAUUUAUGAUGAACCUAGUUCGCACUGUCCGCAACAAAAACCGAAAUGCAACUAUCAUUUGGAAUUCGCUCUUCUCUGAAUUUCUAAAUGCUUUUCUCCAUCCAAAUGACAACAGGUGUGCGUGUGUGAGAGAAUGGGGGGCAACAAGUCCUGCAGGAGCACUGUUGGGUGGAAUUCAUCUAUUGGGGGAUUGGCCAUGGGUUGCCAGGGGGAGAGGGUGGGCCAAGAAGGAAGGCUGGCUUUUCCAGUGGCAAGGAUAUGGAUCCCUGCAGCAGUACUCCUUAGAAUAAAUUUUAUUAGUGCUUCUAGAGAAAAAUACAAAACUGAAUACCAAAUAUAUUUUCCUCUCUCUCUUUUUUUGUCCAAACUAAGACAUUGAUCUAAACACACUAAAAGCAUAAAGAGGGAGGGGGGGAGGAAUAAGGAUAGAGAGAAAGAAAGAAAGAAAAAUAAUUGGAAAAGAGGAUAAAAGAGAGAAAAAUAAAUAAAAUUCAGAAGGUAAGGGACUUCUGAUUUUUCGUCCGUCCGCUAUAUAAAAACAAUAUUCACUUCAUUCAUUCCAAUGUAACAACCAAGAAAACCACUUUCUAUAAAGAAACAUUUUCCUUUUUUUUCCAAUUUCCAAUUUUUUCAGUUUAUACUUUUCAAGUUCAUAAAUUUCACUAUUCAUGCAUUUCACUAAUUUUACAAUCAUUUUGACAUUUCAAAACUUGACUUCAUUCCCCUCUUUCUGCGGUUCCUUAUAUAUAUAUUUCAUAUCUUUUGCAUAUCCAAAUUAACCUAAUUUGCUCAUUUAUUCAUCUUUUUAAAAUAUAUGCUCUUGUGAAACUGCAGGUUAUUACAAUAAUCCUACCAAGAUUUCUAUCUCUUUACAAUUUAUCUGUAAAUAUUCAAUAAACCAUUUCCAUUCUUUUAUAAAAAGUUUGCUAUCUUGAUUUCUUAUUCUUCUACUAAGUUUCACCAUUACAGUGGUACUUCGGGUUACAUACACUUCAGGUUACAUACGCUUCAGGUUACAGACUCCGCUAACCCAGAAGUAUUACCUCAGGUUAAGCACUUUGCUUCAGGAUGAGAACAAAAAUUGCACUGCGGCAGCACGGCAGCAGCGGGAGGCCCCAUUAGCUAAAAUGGUGCUUCAGGUUAAGAACAGUUUCAGGUUAAGAAUGGACCUCCGGAACGAAUUAUGGUAAGUACUUAACCUGAGGUACCACUGUACAGCAAACAUUAUCUUCAAUCCUCAAAUCCUAAGGAAAUUUCGUUUUCCACGCAAAAACUCUACGAGAAGUUUCCGACCUUUAACAAAUGUUGGCAAGGACUUUUCUCCUAUCACUUUCGUCAUCUCAGCCAAGUCUGUUAGUUUUAACAGCCACUCUUCCAUUGCUGGUAAUAAGGGGUCCUUCCAUCUUUGUGCAUAUAAAAGUCUUGCAGCUCCUGCAUCAGUGCUUCAAAUCCGCGUCGAUGUCUCUGAUUAUGGGGACCCCCUUUCCACCAUUCCUAGUAUGGGGCUGUACCCUUGCCUCAAUCCUGGGACUCCCUGCAUGAAAAAUGUGAGCUGUUCCACCUGCCUAGGGCUUCUCCUGCUGUCUCAUGGCUGGUGUCUAUGACCAGGGUUGAUGUGGUUUGAUGGCACCAUGAAGACACGAUGUGACUGAGGCCUGCCUACUGCUGUGCUUGAGCAAUUGGGGAACUCGCCAUUAAGCAGAGCGAAGUGGCAGCCAAUUUUUGGAUGUCAUGAAAGGAGAGCACAUGGCUAUUUGAUGUAUUGUAUUCUUACUGCCACAGAAGGGGAGAGGUGCUUGUGGGAGCCCCCCAAAAAAUUUAAGGGAAAAAAAACUCUGGAUGCACAUUUCCAAAAUAUAAGAUAAAACCUACAUACGGCAACAGUGUUUUGUGUUGUGUAAGCUCCUAUUUGUUAUGUGCAAAUGGCUUUAGAUACUGUUAUGUACUGAGUUGAAUAGGAUCCAAAAGGCAGCAGUCUGAUUGGUCCUAGCACAACAGGAUUCAGAAUUCAGCAGUCUGAUUGGUCCUAGAACAAUGCAGCAGUCUGAUUAGUCCGCAGGAGCCACCCGAUUCAGCUCCAGGUGGAAGUGAAUCCACAACCUGAUUGACCUACAGGAGAAUCCCAGAAUUAGCCAAUCACGUGCAGCCCAUUGUGUAAAUAAUGUAUAUAAAGCAGGUAUUUGGGGGGAACUUCCAUUCCUCCUCACCACUAUGAGCUGAAUAAAGAGCAUGAAAUCCACUCUCGACUCCGAGUAUAUUUCAGAUACCUAUUGGGUGCAUAAAUUACCAUUUAGCGUAUAUUCAACACACACGAAACAGCGACAAUUUGUUGCUGACAGAGGACAGCUGACAUAUAAAGGGCCCCAUUACCUUCAGUAGCUUAGGGCCUCAUCAAACCUAAAUCUGGCUCUGGGUGCGUAUGCCAUUUGCAGAUCUGUCGCAGGCAACAAAACGCAUUGGGGCAACCCUGUAUGCAGAACUUGCAGUGUUGAUUUCAAUCACAAGGGUUCUCUCCCACCCACACCCCUGAAUUCUGGCCUGUUCCCUCUCCUCUUUUAUUAUUAUUAUUAUUAUUCUUUUAUUUAGUACAGAAUAAAACCACAAAGGGCAUAUCACACAAACAAGAACAAAACAAUAAUGCCCCUCCAUCCUUUCUCAUGCUACAGUGCAAAUUCCUGUCUCCUACUUCCCAUCCUUGUGCCCUUCAUACUGAAGGUUUAUGAUUACAGUGGUACCUCAGGUUACAGACACUUCAGGUUACAGACUCCGCUAACCCAGAAAUAUUACCUUAGGUUAAGAACUUUGCUUCAGGAUGAGAACAGAAAUCAUGCGGCGGCAGCGGGAGGCCCCAUUAGCUAAAGUGGUACCUCAGGUUAAGAACAGUUUCAGGUUAAGAACGGACCUCCAGAAAGAAUUAAGUGCUUAACCCGAGGUACCACUGUAUUUCUAAUUAAAGACAACACAUAAUAAAUAAAAACCACUGGGUGCAUUUUAAAACAGACUAGAAACCAACCUUUAAAGCGCCUGGGCAAAUAAAUGAUUUUGGUGCUGAUGCUAAAAUAAUUGUAACAUUGAGACACCUGUCAUGCUGCUACAGGAUGGGUGCAUUGUGCAAUUGCGUGGGGCACCAAGCUAUUGGUGGGGGGGUGCCAAGCUGAGCUCACUGGCUGUGAUUUUUUAAAAUGUUUCAUCUGCCUUGAGCUAGAGUGGCAAAAAGCAAACGUCUGUGACCUUCCCCCCAUCCCCAAGGUUCUACAGAUUAUAUUCCUUCAAUUAGCUGUAAAGUAUGUUUCUUUUUCAGUUUUCAUGUUGACAUAAUCCAAGCUAGGGCUGGGGCGGGGGGAGGAAUGGUGGAACACAGUUUGUCUUUGGGGCAGAUUUUACCAAGCACUUAGCACUUCAGAUCUUAUAAACACUACAUAAAUGAUAAUGAAAUAAAGUGGUUUGAAUGUGGGAGGUCAGUUGUAUACUUUUUUUUUUUACUUAUAACUUUUGUUAUAAGUAAAUGUUAUAAAACAAAAGAAUGCCUGUCAAAAGAUAGGGAACUGCUACAAAACAAAAAGCAAAUCAAAGCGGUUGCUAGGCUUAGUCGCUCUAUGUUUUAUGUAAUUUUUUUUUUAAAAAGCAGCAAGAGAAGACUGAAGACAGUCAUAUAUGGUGAUACAGUGGUACCUCGGGUUACAUACGCUUCAGGUUACAUAUGCUUCAGGUUACAUAUGCUUCAGGGUACAGACUCCGCUAACCCAGAAAUAGUGCUUCAGGUUAAGAACUUUGCUUCAGGAUGAGAACAGAAAUUGUGCUCCGGCGGCGCAGCAGCAGCAGGAGGCCCCAUUGGCUAAAGUGGUGCUUCAGGUUAAGAACAGUUUCAGGUUAAGAACAGACCUCCGGAACGAAUUAAGUACUUAACCCGAGGUACCACUGUACUGUCUCUUCAAAGUAGGAGGCCUACUUUUUGCAGCUGAGGUUGGGAGUGUUGGAGAUCAGGGAGGAGAGCUUGCCGUUUGUUUUGUUUGUGCGGAACCCGAUAAAGAAUCUAGGCCAACAACCCCAUGAAAGCUAUGCUUUGAGAGCCACCCACACGACAUGACAGAGACUGGGAUCCUAGAAGUGGAACAGCAGAGCAACGUGCAAGAGGUAGCCCACUUGGGUCCUUUUUCAUAGACACUGGUGGGGGAUAGACUGGGAGCAGCAGGCCUGUUGUUGUUUAGUCAUGUCCGACUCUUUGUGACCCCAUGGACCAGAACACGCCAGGCACUCCUGUCUUCCACUGCCUCCCGCAGUUUAGUCAAACUCAUGCUGGUAGCUUCAAGAACACUAUCCAACCAUCUCGUCCUCUGCCGUCCCCUUCUCCUUGUGCCCUCCAUCUUUCCCAACAUCAGGGUCUUUUCCAGGGAGUCUUCUCUUCUCAUGAGGUGGCCAAAGUCUUGGAGCCUCAGCUUCACGAUCUGUCCUUCCAGUGAGCACUCAGGGCUGAUUUCCUUCAGAAUGGAUAGGUUUGAUCUUCUUGCAGUCCAUGGGACUCUCAAGAGUCUCCUCCAGCACCAUAAUUCAAAAGCAUCAAUUCUUUGGCGAUCAGCCUUCUAUAUGGUCCAGCUCUCACUUUCAUACAUUACUACUGGAAAAACCAUAGCUUUAACUAUAGCAUGGUUAUAUUUUAACACAACUUGGUAAUGCUGCAAAGUUACAGAGCUGCCUGGUGGGUGGGUGGAGGCAACUGGGACCAUUGGGCCCAGGCCCACAAGCCCCCCCUCCCACCUCGGUUCCUGUGCAUACCAUUGGCCACCAAUGGUAAGUUAUUAUUAUUCUUUAUUGAAUUUAUAUACCGCCCUAUACCCGGAUGUCUCAGGGCGAUUCACAGAAAAGAUCAACAAAACCCCCCACAAAAUAUAUAAUCAAAAUAAAAACAACAACUGAAUAACGCACACACCCCAAAAAAGAGAGAGCCACAUUUUAAAAGGGCGUAGGAUGAAUGCCUUUUAAGACUUUCAGGCAGGUGGCCCUGGACAGUAAUAUUCUGUGGCAGUUGCUCCAGGAAAAGGUUGAUCAGUGGCAUGAGGCCAGUUCUGAAGGCAGGAAUCGUUCCUUUGCCAGCAAGUGGAAAACCUGUGUGACCGAGGCCCAAUAAACAGGAAGGUGCUCUGGCACAAAGAAGUCGGGAUUUUGAAGAGAUACAAUGGGGCAGGAAGUAGAGGAGCUGGGUAGGCUCAUAUAGGGAGAUGAUCCUUCAGGUAUUUCGGUUCCAAGCUGCUUGCGGGCUUCAAUGCCAGCUGAAUUCAGUAAACACCGGUUGAAUGGAACUGAAUUAGUAAGCAGGCCAGCAGCAGAAUCUUUACAACUCUCUUCCCUGCUUUGGAUACGUCACCUCCUAUUGUGUGUUUGCUUUGCUUUGCUGGGUCAUGGAUCUUGCUGUGCCAAGUCCUUAAUUAAAGGGAUGAACAAUUGUCAACUUUCCUGUCAGGCGACACCUUUUCUGACCAACGCUUAUGCUGUGUGUGGUAUGCUAAUAGGCAGGAACUGCAGUUUACGGCAGCAGGGAAUUGCCCCAUGGUAGUACUGUGGGGACGCGGGUGGCGCUGUGGGUUAAACCACAGAGCCUAGGGCUUGCCGAUCAGAAGGUCGGCGGUUCGAAUCCCCACGACGGGGUGAGCUCCCGUUGCUCGGUCCCUGCUCCUGCCCACCUAGGAGUUUGAAAGCACGUCAAAGUGCAAGUAGAUAAAGAGGUACGGGAAGGUAAACGGCGUUUCCGUGCGCUGCUCUGGUUCGCCAGAAGCGGCUUAGUCAUGCUGGCCACAUGACCCGGAAGCUGAACGCCAGCUCCCUCCGCCAAUAAAGCGAGAUGAGCGCCGCAACCCCAGAGUCGGCCACGACUGGACCUAAUGGUCAGGGGUCCCUUUACCUUUACCUAGUACUGUGGUUCGUUUAUUCAAGGCUGCAUCAGAGGUUCAAGCCUUUGGCCCUGCGUAGCUGUCAUUUCUCUCUUUCCUUGUUCACCAGGGUGUACCUACCACUCCUGGACUUUGCACCUGCACUUAAAAAAAAUGGCAAAAGGCAAGUUUGAGAAAUGAGUGCCUCUGAGCAUGCACAAAGUGCAAAACCACCCUCUGUGCUAAGCGACCGUUGCAUCAGAGCAGAUCUUAAGCCCAGGUGCCCCUUAUUUUCGAAAUUAAAUCCCGACAACCUUAACUCCUGUCUCCCGGGUCGCCACCGCCGCCCUGUUGCCCCAGAUUCUUCCAGCAGGGUUUCUUUGCUUCCCUUUUUAGCCCCGCCCCUUGUCACUUCCGUUCCUUGACAGGUUCAGUCGCGCGUCUUCCCCGCCUCCCAACCUUUUUUUUCCGAGCCGAUUGGCUGGGCUCCCGCCACUCACCAACGAGGAAGCCUAUCGGAAUGGGAAACGCUGAUUGCGGGGCGGGAGGCGGAUGGGAAACGUCGGUUGAAGACGAGAGCCUUGUUUGUUUCCUCCCCCCUCCUCUUCCCCCUCCCGCUAUGCCCGACCGCGCAGCGCGGAUUGGCUGAGAGGCGAAGAGCGGGGCGGGACGAGGAGGCGGCGGGGCGGGGCGCCAGCCAGCCGGCGCUGUAACCGCCGCACAAACCGGCUUUGCGCUUUUCAAACGCCAACUGUGUGGCGAGCGAGCGAGCGCGAGCGCGGGGCCGGGCACGAGCGCGCUGGGGGGGCCGCUGGCACCGAGCGGCGGCAAGAAAAGAGCCGCGUCAGGGGAGGCUGGUCUGUCCCUUGAGGUGCUGCUGUCCUGCGUUGGAAACAGGGACGAAGCGGGCGUGUGUGUGUUUGAGGGGGGAGGAAAUAAAAAGGAGCGUGAGGCGGCGGCGGGCGAGACAGGCAGAGAAGGCGAACCGUCUGGGCUCGGGAAACGAAGCCCUGAGGAAGGAAAAAGGGUGAGUGUGCCCUGAGAAUAUGUAUUAUUAUUGUUAUUCUUAUUAAUAGUGUUAUAGGCCGGGGAGGGUUCUCUCCCCCCCCCGCGCCUCACCUCACCUCACGGAAAAGAGGGGGGCGGCGUUGCUGCUGAGGGAAAAGCACGGCCGACAAUGAGGAGGGAAAGCGCCCCCUGGCGGCCUCGGCAGCAGCGCCCCCUCCCCAAAGUCUGCCCCCCCCCAUCCCCAUCGCCUGCCUGUGGGGAUGGCGGCUCUGCUGAGGCUGGCGCUUCUUGUGGGUCACGCCGUCCCCGCCGGCGGCGACGGUGGGGCGCCUGGAUGAGCUUCCCUCUCGCCGCCGCCGCCGCCACCCGGUCGCUUCUGCUUCUCUCGCUCGCCUCAUGACAUCCUUUCCCCAGCUUUCUCUUGAGUGAGUGUGUGUGCAGAUUUGUGUGUGCAUGUAUAUAUAUGUGUGUGUAUAUAUAUGUGUGCAUGUAUUUGUUUAUUGGGGUUUUUGUUCGUGUGUGUUUAUAUAAAUGUGUGUGUGUGCAGUGCUGCCAACUUAAAUAAAAUAUUUAUUUAAUCAAUCAAUCACAAGAAGUAGCACACGCACGCUAUUCUAAUGGCAGUGCCCAUCAAACUUGGUGGCUCCCAGCCCCCCUUAAAUAUUUUAUUCUAGGCGACCUUGGCCCCUAGGAGUUGGUCCUGUGUGUGUGUGUGUGUGCGCGCGUGCAUGUAUUUGUUUAUUGGAGUUUUUUUGUGUGUGUGUUUAUAUAAAUGUGUGCUUUUGCAUAUAUUUAUAUGUGCAUUGGGGUGUUGUUUGGUUUGUGUUUAUAGAAAUGUGUGUUUGUGCUGUGGUGCCAACUUGAAUAAAAUAUUGGGGGGGGCAGGUAAGCCCUGCCCCACAUAAUCAAUCACAAGAAGUGGUACACACGCUAUUCAAACGACAAUGCCCAUCAACCUUGGGCCCUAGGAGUUGUUCGUGUGUGUGUGUGUGUGUAUAUGUGUUUGUGUGUGUGCAUGGAGAGAGAUCACACACACAUUACCGGCAAACUGCAGCUCAAGAUUGCGAGAGAGGCUCAAGGACGUCUCACUCUUAGAUACACCUGUGGUGCUUUUCGGGCAGCUUAAUAAAAAGGAAAGGGUGACUGGUGGUUUAAAAGCCAAGCCUUGAACAUGGGGAAAUGCAGAUUGUGCAAAUGGAUUCCCUUAUUAUUAAUAAUAAUGAUGAUGAUGAUGAUGAUGGCAAUUUGGCUGUCACAAUCAUAAGUUUGUGUCAGACAUUUGGGAGCAGGAAUUUUUGGAGUAGUGUGUGUAGUGUGUCCAGGGAAAAAAGGGUUGAUAAAGUUGUGGAUUGUGUGUGCGCAGCCAUUUCAGCUUAUACAGCUAGUAUUUUGUUUGAUGAUGGGGCUCUAAGGUGGUGGCUGGCAUCCUUGCCUGACCCCUUGCAGCUCUAUAUCUUCAGGCUGCCAUCUUUCAGAUCUUUUUUCAUACUUCCCUCUCACCCCUUACACGGAUGCCUUUUGCUUUUUUAUAUUUUUGGAGCGUCCAGUUGUUUAAGGUGCAUGGUCAGUGCCGUGAACUACUUCUUCGCACAGUCCAUUUUCACUUAUGGAAUUCUAUUUUCAGAUGUGGAGUGGGCAUAAUAAUAGCUUAGGGCAAAUUCAUGUAGUUUGGGAGAUGACUAAGUAACUGUGGAAGAACGUGCACAUAUGGCGUAGGAGCAGCAGAUCACUGAGUGUGUGCAGAUUUGUUGAACCGGAAACCUUCUGCAAUGUGCAAUUUCUGUUAUCUCCUAAAAUGUAUAUAAGGUGUACUUAUAGGGACAACCCCCCCAUCCUGUAAACAAUGCGUAAUAAGCAGAAUAUUGCUGAAAACACUUAAGAUAAAACCCUAAAAAACAAUAUUAUAAAAGAAACCUUAUAUGAAAAAGAAAAUCUAUUAACAAUUGCAGCACCUAAUCAGAGUAAUCACUGAGGUUCAUACCCUUGCAGGGGGUCCACUUCAGCUAUUAGUGCCUCCUGACUCUUUAGCUCUCUGUUGUCACUCACUGCCUGUUCACCUGUCCCCUCUGAACAUGCAAGCAGUGACUAGAGCAAGGUGAUGGAGCAGCAUCUUUCACUUGCUUGGUCAUCUCCCAUUUAGUAGUUGUAUAGAUUGAGUGCAGAGGGAAAGGGUAAGUAAUUGGAGCGUGAGGAGAAAGUUGACCCACUGAAAUCAUCUUGCCCAAGGGCAGGGGUCAGCAAGCUUUUUCAGCAGGGGGCCGGUCCACUGUCCCUCAGACCUUGUGGGAGGCUGGACUAUAUUUUUGGAAAAAAUAUGAACAAAUUCCUAUGCCCCACAAAUAACCCAGAGAUGCAUUUUAAAUAAAAGGACACAUUCUACUCAUGUAAAAACAUGCUGAUUCCCGGACCGUCCGCGGGCUGGAUUUAGAAGACGAUUGGGCGGAUCCAGCCCCCGGGCCUUAGUUUGCCUACCCAUGCCCAAGGGUCUCUCAGAACCAGGAACUGGCACAGGUGUAGGUGCCUGAUUGCAAAGAGCAUUGCCAUUGUGAUGGUUUUUUUAUUUCUAGUUACUUAUGGUAAUUUUAAAAAUAGAUUUGUAAUGUACACUUAAUUUAGCGUUUGUCCCCAAACCAUUUAAGUACCCUGCAAUACAACACUGCACAAUAGUAAUAGUAGUAAUAGUAAUUAUUAAUAGCAAGUUUACUCUGGAGUAAAUCCCAAGUUCAAUGAUUUUAGGAUUGCAGCAUUAACUUGAAAGCCCCUAGAGGACAAAAUUAUUAACAUUAAAAAAUAACAACCCAUCCAACUGCUGUAAGCCUUGCAGACAAACUCCCAGCUCAGCUCGUAACCAUUAACCAGACAGGGCAAAAAUUAGAUAUAAUAUGAGCAUCUUCCAACUUUUCCAAACAGCAUAUCAUUCCUUUCCUUUGGGGCUAUAGCUAUAAAGACCUAGCACUUAGCAUCCAAGGUUCUAAUCUCCCUUAAUGGUGGAAUAUGAAGCAGAGCCAUAGUUGAUUAAUAUGAGAGGCUUUCUAAAGCUUGUGGGUUCCAGUCUGUGAAAAUUUAAAUGAUUCCAAUUAGCAAGGAUUGGAAAUACCUGUAUCACACAUUAUGACCUUCUAUAAAGGAAAUUGCUUGAUUUCUGUGGCAUGGUUCCGGCCGUAGUGUUUGAAAGUUUGUAAAUUGUUUCAGAUUGUGACCAGUUGCUAUUUAUGGGACUUUCUGCACAGAAGUCUUUGUGUAUUAAAUUUGUGCUCAAAUAAGUAACGGGAGGGAAGGACUUUUGUGUUUGGUACAGUGGGUUCCAUUAUAUCAUUGAAGUGUUAUAAAAAUGCAUCUCCAGUUCCCAUGCAUUCUAUGAGUUAGGGUGUUUCAGUGGACAUAAUGUUAGACAUGAGGCUUGUAGCCUGACAUGAGACUUGUAUGCUUACUGGAAGUCCUGAGUUCAGCAGGGCUUCCAAGUAACUGUGUGUAUAGUAUGACAACCAUGAAUUCCAAAUUCCUCUUCAGCAAAUGAUUUGAUGGCAUACACAGUACCUUUGUCUUUAAAAAAAUCACUUGCUCUUAAGCUAUGUGUGAAAAAUAUUUUAAUUGCUGUUGAAUCUUUUAAACCAGCUGUUUGAUUACAUUGUGUCCUCAGUAUGGUUCAUAUUUUUUUAAAAUAGCCUUGCAUCCCAUGCCUAACUUUUUUGUUCCCCUGAAACUGCUUUAGCUAAAAACUUCAUUACUAAUUGUAAUGGGUUGCAACUUGAAUGACUGCAGUUCACGUAAAAGCACAUAUACCUAAGAAUUUCAGGCAGGUCAAUGAAAUGAGAUUGAUAUGAAUCUAUCGAGCUAUGAGUCAAAACAUAGCUUUUUUUCUAAUAAAGUAAAGACGUCAGUGUAAGACUUCUGCUUUUCUCCGGAACAGUUUGUGGUAAAUAUGUGGUAAUGGUGACGUUGUGUCCUAGUUACUGAUAACUUUUUUGAAAAAGAAAAAAGUAGUCUUAUACAGAGUUUGACCAACAUUUGCUUCAACUUCUGUAUGACGGAUGCUUCUAAAGCUAUGUGAAGCUGUUACUUAGAUAGUGUAUGAGUAUGAGACUACAGUUAGUUCAGGGUCUGAAUGUGAUACACACCUGAAAAGUUAAUUUAAAAGAUGGGGCACUUAAACCAAAAUUGCAGUGAUCUGCUCUAAAUAGUUGAGAGAUUCUUUUGGAACUCUUCCCAAUCUGCUAGGAAUUGCCAUCCUAAAUAAUGCUCCAGUUUACAGAUACCAGGAACCACACUGUUCUCUCUUACCUGUAGAUCAUUUAUGAAUGCAUGAAAUAGCACCCCUGGUUAUUGCCUAUAAUCUCCUAAAUAGAUAGUGAUCAAUUGUAAGAUUUUGUCUUAUCCCAUGACUCACACAUUAUUGACAAGAAAAGGAAGGCCUUUCAGACCUGGAAAAGAGAUAGAAACUGUGCCACUAAGAAAAAAUAAACCUAUGCCAACGCUAAGGCUGAGGUUCAAAGAAGAAUCAGAGAAGUAAAGAACACCUGUUGGAUUAAAAAAAAAAAGCUCAAGAGAUCCAGCACUUAGCCAACACUCAUGAUGCACAGAGUUUAUUUAAAGCCAGAAAGACCAUCUAUGGGCCAAUAAAUCAUGGCAUAUGCCCCCUACGCUCAACAGACUGUACCAUACUUCUAAAAGAUAAAGAAACUGGGAUUGCACUGGAAAGAACAUUACUAGCAUCUCCUUAACUGCAAGUCCCCUGUAGCUGCUGAGGUCCUCUCACAAAUUCUGCAAAAAUAAAUUAGAGAUGAGCUUGCAGUAUCUCCAAAUCUGGGAGAGUUGUGUACAGCUGUCAACCAAAUGAAAAACAACGAAGCCAGCGGACCUGAUGGGAUAUCUGCCGAAAUGAUCAAAGUGGGUGGAUUUGAACUUACAUAACAAUUUCACAAGCUCAUUGAAAAAAUAUGGGAGAGAGAGGAAAUCCUAACAGACUUUAGGGAUGCCAAAAUUAUCAACCUUUUUAAAAAUGGUGAUCGAGCGGAUUGUGGAAACUAUAGAGGCAUCUCUUUAUUAGCUACGGCCUGCGAGUGCUCCAAUUGGAGAACAACCUUAACCAAAGGUGUCAUGGACUUUGAAGAUGCUUGAACUCAGGACAAAAGGGAGAAAUGUACUAAGAGGAAGGCACGUUUGGCAAACCCUCAUAUGAUCAACUCCUGCCCGGAAAUCUAUGUCCCCACUGUGGAAGGACGUGCGGAUCCAGAAUUGGCCUCCACAGUCACUUACGGACUCACUGUUAAAACCGUGUUUAUGGAAGACAAUCUUACUUGGCUACGAGUGAUUGCCAAAGAAGAUCCCAUUACUAGUACAAUUCCUUAGAAGUGUUUUAAUGAGGAGCUUCUUGAAAAAGCAACCACCCAGUUAGUGGUCUACCUGGUGUUGUAAAAGCCAUGAUGGCUCUUCCUUGGCAAGGAAGACAAUUCUAGUCUUAAUAAGGUUUUCCACUGAUUUACCUAAGACAACUAACUUAAGGCUAACCAAUCUCUAAUUAAGUGUAAUAUUUAAUUAGGAGAAAAAGAAUAAAGCAAUCUUAAUGGGGUUUCAAUUCAAGCAAAUUAAUAGAUUUAUUUGGAAAUAUUUUUAUUGGAAAUGGGAGGCACUGAAGUGAAUGUACUGAAAAUGGUUAACAUUGAUUUUAACGUGAAUCAUAGAAACAGCUAUGCAUUAGAUAUCUAUAUAUUUCUGACGUGUAUUCUUCUGCAAAAUUAAUUACAACUUUUCAGUUGCCCAGUUACUAUUGUAACCCAUUUAUCAUAUUAUUCGUUUUAGGAAACAAUAUAGCAUUAAAAUUAUACUUACGUUUCCCCUUCAUUUUGUUCUAUAUUGCUGUGCCUUCGCCACAUCCUGGAUCAUCUGCUUUGUUUUUAAGCCGUUGGUGUUGGAUACAUAAUGUAGUGUGUUUUAGUGGAAAUAUUAAUAAUUUUAGCACUUGAAUGUCAUACUGUUUACAUGUUGCAUGAUAGGAUCUAAAAAUAUUUGAAUUCUGUGUAAUAAAUAUGUAACCACACACAGAGAGAGAAAGAAAGAAAGAAAGAAAGAAAGAAAGAAAGAAAGGGUAAUAUCAAACCUAGCACAAUUCUUUCACUUGCUUUACUUUCCCCUCUUAGUUCCUGUGUACCCCAAAUCUGAGAUACACUCUGGAGCAGAGCUGGGGGGGAGCGUGGAAUAGGUAAGAGAGGAAAGAAGUUCCAUUGCCCAGUUUUCUGUUGUACAAGCAGGUGGACAUCAUUGCAUGUUUCCCAAAAGGUAGCCAACUAAAUCAGAGUAGACCCAUUGAAACCAGUGGAAUUCAAUUAGUAAUGUCCUUUGAUUUCGGUGGGUCUACUCUGAGCAUGACAAAAUUGGAUACAACCAUAAAGGUUUAUUUUUGGACAUCAAAACUGCUAAAAGUUUUUUAUAGCAAGCCAAGAGAAUGAGAACUGGUAGUUUACUUGGACUGUGUGACACUUGUAUUUAAAUAAAUGUUGUUUUGACAGGUGGAAAUCAGUAACGAGUGUUGGAGAAACCUCAUGCAUUAA